GAAAAACGUAGGAUCGAAAUUCGAAAUUUUUAGAAUUAUUUACAAUUACAAGGCUUAAGGCGUCGAACGCUUCUAGAAGUUUUCGUGGAGCUGCACCGCAACACUCGCAUUCUUCAGCGUUCAUCACAAGACUUUGAACCAAAGAUGCCUUCAGUCACGCAAGCAGCCGUGGUGGCGAUGAUGGUGCUGGUGGUGAGCUUUGGCGACUCCUCAGGUUCACCGGAGAUCAUGGACAAGUCUCUGCAACGACCAUCACGACUGCUGUCGCCGUCCUCGGGCCGAUACCCUUUCUCCAACCUGCUGUCCAGCCGCGCUGCUCAGCUCUCCCAGGAUUACGGUCGACCCUCGCUCCUCUACCCUGACGCAGGGCGGCCCAAACGUGCCCUCUUUGACGACUCCUGCAAGGGCGUCUACGACAGGGAACUGUUCGCGAAGUUAGACCGCGUGUGUGACGAUUGCUACAACCUCUACAGGAAACCCACGGUCUCCUACGAGUGCAGGCGUGACUGCUACAGCAACCCGAUGUUUGAAAGUUGUCUCUACGACCUCAUGCUGCACGAGAUGGUCGACAAGUACGCAGAGAUGGUGCAAAUUGUCGGCAAAAAAUAAAUGAUAAAAUGAUCACUGUAAACGAAUCUACAAUUACGAUGAACUUCUUCAAUUAUGUGUAUUAUGACAUUGAAUGGAAAUAGCAGCGUCAGCAUGAAAUGACUUGUUUAGUUGCAAUAAUUCGCUCCCGUUAAAAUGUUUUUUUUUUUUUUUGAUGACCAAUAUAGAAAUUUUUUCGGAAUUUUAGAAUUGCAGCAACUUGUCACAAGCAUGCAUUUCUGGAAGUCAACACUUCUUACAGAUUUAUUGUUUCACGAACACUUAUUUAUUUAUUUUCAUUGUUACAAAACAGAGGACUGGAAAUGGGAGUUGAGUGCUUAUUUACAGGCUUUACCCUUAAUCAGUUUGUGCCUGACCCAAAAUGCUGUCAUGAUCAACACAAAAAAAGGCCUGAAUUAGGUAAACGUACACGUAGUCCUCUUAAUAAUUGAGACUUGAGUUAAGUAGUUAAUUUAUUUAUAUUGUAAUUAAUCAAAUGCCGUCUCUAUUCCAUCCUCAGUAUACUAUUUAUUUGUGAAAUAGUAUCACAAGAAAGUUUUCAGAACUGACACUGCCGACUAUUCUUUUCGCCUGCUUCCGUCGCCACGAAUUGUCCAUAAGUUUAGCUCUUAAUUACAUGUAACACAUAAUUAAUUUUUAUGGUAAACACAAAUCAGAAUUGUAAAAUAACUGAAUGUUAGAAAAUAAAAUUCGGUACUCUUUAUAAAUAAUUUCUUGUAGUCAGCCAAAUUCAGCAGGACGCGCAUAUAAAUGUUUUUUACUUAUCGACAAUAUUGAGUGAAAUGUUCAGAAAUAUCUCUCUUACUGUAAAUAAAAUUCAUUUAUGGUGAGCAGGAGUUUAAAUGAUCGAUGUGAAAGGCACGAAUGCCUCGUAAAGCGUAGGUUUUUUGAAUGUUAGUGUCUUGCAAAACAAAGCAAAUAAUGCUGGAUAUUCUGAAAUUAAAUAUAGAUCUGUUUUAUGUUACAAUUGAAAUUCUAAAAAAAUGUCUUCCGCAAAUGUCCAAAUGGCGAUCGACAUCGCUGGUGUCAACGAAUAUAACUUAUGUGAUUAUUUUCAGUAAAAGUUUUGGCAUGAAA